AUGCUAGCUACUUGGAACCGCCUCCGUGACAUUUUCCAAGAUAACCGGAACACUCGUGUUGUGGCCCUUGAGCAAGAGUUUUCUCAUCUCUCCAUAGAAGAUUUUUCGACUGCCUCGGCAUAUUGUCAACGUCUCAAGGAGUUAUCCGACCAACUUAAGAAUGUUGCUUCUCCAGUUUCGAAUGAUCGACUUGUAUUGCAAUUGGUUUCCGGCCUUACUUCAUCCUAUAGCACGGUUGGUACUCUUAUCCGUCAAACUUCUCCUCUUCUCCCUUUCUAUCAAGCAAGAUCCAUGCUUACUUUGGAAGAGGUCGGAUUUGCCAAACAAGCUGCCACCAGUUCAACCGCUGCUAUGGUGGUGGCAUCUUCACCUGAUUUGGAUGAGUCUCCUGUAAACUCAUCUCACACUUAUACUCAUGGGGGGAAAAAGGAGCAACAUCGCCACAAUAAUAACAAUAAAAAAACUGGUGGUGGUGGUCGUCAUGGUGGCCGUGGUAAUGGUGGUGGCGCUAGUGGUCUGGGUGGCCGACGUGGUGGUUCCUAA